AUGUGGGAGCCCUUGCCACUAAUUGUUUAUGGGUAUGCUGUCCAUCCCCUUAGUCCGUCUCGCCGAGAGACCAGGCACUCUAGCCGCAAUCGACUGUCGACAGUGACCGAGGCUUCGAGCGAUGACCACUCUGUCAUGAAAGAUGUUGUGAGUCUCGAAGUUGGGGACGAAGUUUAUGCAUUCGAAAAAUACGUCCCUUCUUCCAGAGAUCAGGUGGAGGGAAUCUGGUAUCGAGGAUAUGUCCUAUGCACAACGAGACGACCACCUGUAACCUGGUCUCUCUCUGAUCCAUCUUCCUCAACUUCACUCAGUAGACCCUUGGUCAAAGUGGAAGAGACUCAGCAAGUUUUUAUUGGAAUUUUCCCGGCUUCGCACAUCUUCGUUCGAGAUGAGCUAUCAGAUGCAGAGGGAAGGUUACCCGACCUUGCUCGUACUUUACAGGGGGGGUACAGUGCCAGUAGCUCGUCAGGCUUUCAAGGACGCGGUAGCCCGGGUGAUGCUCUUGGGAAUUGGAACAGGGACAAGGCCAGCAUAGGAAUGGGGCCUUUGCGAGAGGAGGAAGAUGAUUCCGAUGCCUAUGUGUCCAGAACAUCGUUCAAGUUAGGCCCACCACCCGAUCAAGCCAAUUCUUCGCGCGCAGCUUUACCGGUUUAUCCUACCAGUCUUCGAUCCUCUUCUCCGGCAGAUUCUCAUGUCAUGAAACCACUACCUCCCCGACCUUCUCGAAAAUCAGGCGAUGACACUGCUUCAGGAGCACAGCAGCCUAUCAUAGAUGAAAUUGCUUCGGCUUUGCGGGAAUGGCAUACUCUUAUGUUCCAAUAUCUGGCUCGACGGGAUUACAAACUCUUCCAUAUUGUCCGGGAACACAUAGAAGCCCUUCAUCUAGGACGUAGGCAGCUACUAGCUCAAACUUUGAGUGCUGAAGAAACUGUGAACAUGCGACGUGAUUGUGUGACACGACUUGUCAGUGGAAACCUCGUACAAGGUUUGGAUGUAAUUGUACGCCAUCCAACUUGGGGUGGAUUAGUCACUGUCGAUGUUGAAGGAGAAACUGAUCCUCGAAGUUGGGUUAGUGCGGUUCGUAUGUACGCAAUGCAGGUGUCCCUCGCCUAUCUGAAUGUUACCUACGACGAGUCAAGGCCGUAUCCACUAGGCCCCAGUUCCGAAUAUGUCCCAUCAGCCCCUCUACCUACCCCUGCCCAUUCUGCCUUUCCAGACUUUCUCCAUCACAGAAAUCGCUCACGUUCUCAGACAUGGUUAGAUGCAGAGGAUCCUCUCAAACAAUCCACCGCUAAGUUUUAUCAUGUUUUCCUUGAUCUUCGCGCUUUUGUAGCUUCUCCAUGCACCCCCGGAGAAACGGCCGAGUUAUUCUUUUCUUUGUAUAGAAAACAAGGAACCCAAUUUGUGACAGAGGAGUUUUGUGCUGUCCUAAAUCACAAUGGUGUGUUGGCUCGUGACCCGUCAAGCCGCAUUCGCACUUUGUUCGUGGAUCUCGCGACUUCUGAUAUCCAGGAUCCCAUCUAUCUGGUUUGUCGAAUCGUUCGAAAUGGCGCAUUAAAGAUAGGCAGCAGUAUGAGUUCGAGCGCACUGGGAGAUGGACGACGAGGAUCUGAGACGUCAUUACGGACGGAUUCUUUGUCGCCAACAACCAUCACCUGGAACGAUUCAGUCGCGGCUUCGACGUCCACUUUGGUUAGUCCGAGUAGUGGACGACCCAACGGCUUCGGAGAACCUGUGCAAUUCAGGAGGCCAUUUGGUUGUGCCGUCCUGGAAUUAACCCAGCUUGCGAAAAUGGUUUCUGAACAGGCAGAUGUGACCCCUUUGAGAGAAUAUACCAUGCCCAUUUAUAUACCCACAAAUGAGGCAUCUUUUUCAAUGAUUCAUCAAAAUAUCAUCAAUAACAACACAAAGGAAUUUGAAAAGUCGCCCAGGGCCGAAGGACUUGCCGUCUCCGUUAAAGUGUUCCGAGGGAAUGCGAAGACAGUAGUUCGCGAAAACACUGCAUUACUACAGGAUAUUCCUCACACACUUCGCCUUGGGUUCCCUGAUGUGGUUUUUCCGGGAGAUGCUCGAAAUGAAUUGUACAUCAAACUUUGGUGUGGAGAUUUUACUCUUUCGCACAAUGGCUCCGGCAGGCUCAACGUCGCAAAUUUUGCAAGAGGACAAAUGGGGCAUCCGUCUGUCAACGUGCAAAUAACUGUGGAAGUUAAGGAUCAAAAUGGUACCACCAUUGAGAAUGUAAUAUCCCAAGGAAGUGGAGAACCUCUUAUGACACAGUUCAACUCUAUGGUUUUUAUGAGAUGCAACGAACCGACGUUUGGGGAGCUCAUCAAAAUACAGCUUCCCCUAAAUGAGGUUCCUAACUGGCAUUUAUUCUUCACAUUCCGAAAUCGAUCGAGUCGGUCCAGCAGCAAGUACAUGCUUGAAGGUGGUGAUCGACCAUUCGCUUUUGCCUUUCAGCCUCUUUUUCCUGAUGCGAGCGCGUUCGUCGAGGACGGAGGCCAUACUCUGAUCAUGUAUCGAGCCGACAAACUAGGCCAGAUCGUACCUUCUACAUACCUUAACUCCCCCUUUCGCCUGAGUGCUGGCCAAAAGAUCGAGCAUGUUUCUAUACCCGCCGAUCUUUUACGCCUGUCGUCGCCCUUGAAGGACACUUUAACAAUUCGAACCUCUCUUUGUUCUACGAAGCACACACAGAAUGUAGACCUGCUCAGGCUAUUGAAUUGGGAAAAACAGGAUAAGGAUCACCUAUCCACAUUACUCAACAGAUUUACCUUUGUUGGAGAAGGAGAAAUCGUUAAAUUCCUACGAGACAUUUUUGACUCUCUUUUCGGCAUCCUCGUUUCCCAAAACAAUCCAUCUGGAGAACUCGACCUCUUGGUCUUCAACGCUCUUGUAACCAUUCUUGGUAUAGUUCAAGAUAGGCGCUUCAGCAAUUUCCAGCCAGUUCUGGAUGUUUAUAUCGAAAAACAUUUCUCCUGCGCUGCAGCUUCGUCACACAUCAUUCAUUCCAUGAAUCGAUUGGUGACGAAUCCAACUUCGCCAGAGACCGCUUCUCCUCUGCGCGCUGCGCUGAAGGUUUGGCACUAUAUUUUCAAAUUUAUUGCCAGGUCUCGGGAAUUACAAAAAGUUAAAGAAGUUGGCAUGGGUGGAGGAGCAACUGUGGACUAUCUAGAAACAACUUUCAAACGCGAGUUGCGUUCUCAUCUUUCAAACUUCACGCAAAUUAUGUCCACCUCAUCUCCGCCGUCCAUCAUUGGAACACAGACAAUUGCUCUGCAGCACUUUACUUCAAUUCUUCCGGAGUUGGCCAAGAUCUAUACAACUGUAGAGCUUGUGUCAAUUGCUACCACUUUUGCCAAUGCAGUAACAGUCGGGAAAGGCAAGAUUGUCAACUGGAAGCUUAUUAUGUAUCUUCAGAUUGUCAAGAGCUUCCUGUUUGACAAUGCAGAGUCUCGACCCUUCUUGGUUGAAGCUGUGGUCAUUUGGAUUAAGCCGCAUUUCGGUCGGUACGACGAAUUUGCGCACACAAGCUCGAAUGAUAGUGAAUCUGCCCGUGACGCUGCCCGUGUAACAUGGAUGGAGAGCAUCCGUCUCUGUGUGACUAUUAUUGCUGUCAUGUUGGAUAAACUUAACCAGUAUCUCACCGAUCCAGCCAUUGUUUCUGAUCGUGCGGCGCUCAACAAAGAGCAAGAUAAUGUUGAAUUGCUGUUAUCUCUGAUCCCCAGACUGCUUGAUUCCUACCGUGAAAUACAAAGCCCGGCUUCGAAAAGGGCCAUCGAAAAAACAAAGUCGCCUUCGACUAUCAAAUCUUCCGUUCCUGUUACAUUCCCUGAAUCUUAUCCUUUUUCCUUGAUCUCUUCUUUGCCUGAACCACCCACUGGUGUUAGCAAUAUCCCACUAACGCAGGAUGGAGAAGGCGAGUUUUACCCGGCAUUGGGCGAGGUCGCUGUCGUCUUUCUGGUGCUCAUACUGUCAUCCCCAAUCAAAUACAUCACUGCUUUUCUGGAAUCAAGCCUUGAGAUUGAAGGCCGAGAACGCUUUGUUGCGCUUCUUUCCCAAUUUUUCAAAGUUGCAACGUCUCUUCUGGAAAACGAUGCAUUCCCCAAGUCAUGGAUGAAUAUCAACAUAUUGGCUCAUAAAGUCUUGAUCAAGAUUAUGGAUCCCAUUGCUAGCAUCAUGGAAAAGGAAUUUAUACCCCCUCCAGAAUUAGAGUCACGAUUUGAUCCAAGUCUUUGGCGCGAAGGACUACAUAUGCUGUUGAAACUUCUUUCUUCCGAACAAUUGAUGAUCGAAGAUUUCAGUCCGCAGAAACGUCGUGCCGUCUGGCGCCUUACCGGAGACAUCCGUGGUGAAGGUGCAGCUAUUUUACUGAGCCUUUGGCAAGCUCUUGGAUCAGCGGAGCAUGUAUCGACAACUGGAGAACCUGCCAUGCGUUACGGAGGAUAUCAAAUUUAUCUGCACGCCCUUGUCGGGCACGUCGUCAACUUGUGUCUUAGCCAUCAUGAUCAGCUGAGAAAUAACGCCGUUCAGAUACUCUACAGCAUGAUUGUUUCUGAAUACCAUCAAUCAGAGCACUUUGACGGCAUAGAGAAUGAAUUGGUGACUCGGUUAGACUCAUUGUUUAUGUCAGACAGCAAGGGAGACGACAUAUCGAGGGCUUUUUUCAUUGGCCAACUUCGUCAUAUGUUCGACACAUCUGACGUCGACGAACAACUACGCGAUCAGUUGUCGAAUUUCUUGGAUUCAGUAGACCUUUUCCUUGAACUAUUGCUUAGUGUCCGAGCAUUACCUGAGGGCGAAGAAUACGCAGACGAUAGAGUCAUUGCUACUUUAAGACUAAUGAAUUUUAUUCGGCGCAUUGGACGAGACGAAAUAUACAUUAAAUAUGUACACCAGCUUGUUAAUAUGCAUCUUCAAUCCCAAAACUACGUGGAAGCCGCAUUAACGUUGAAGUUGCACUCUGAUUUACAUGCAUGGGAUCUAAAUUCAUUUGUUCCCCCUAUGGAAGACCUGGGCUUGCCACAGCAGUCGCACUUCCAUAGAAAGGAAACUUUAUGUCUUCUUAUUCUUGACUACCUAGGGAAAGGGAAAGCGUGGGAAAGCGCAAUCGAAAUCUGCAAAGAGUUGGCGUAUCAACAUGCAGAAGUGACCUUCAAUUAUGGCCGCCUUUCCGAAAUUUUACGACAUCAGGCCACCCUUCUUGAACAUAUCGUGACUGAUCAACGAUAUUAUCCAGACUACUAUCGGGUGACAUUUUAUGGCAAUUUCCCUGCAGCAAUCAGAGACAAGAGAUUCAUUUAUCGUGGAUAUGAAUGGGAAAAGUUUGGUGCUUUCUGUGAACGAAUGCUUAACAAACAUCCCGGGUCGCAGUUACUCAAGACUGCUGGUGAACCACCAGUGGACAUAAGAUAUGGAAAUGAUCAAUAUAUUCAAUGUACAGCUGUUACACCAGAACCUGAUCGCGACCUUCCCGUAUUCACAAACCCUGACGUUCCGUUGGCUGUGCGGACGUACUACGAACAUAGCGGAAUCAAUUUGUUCUCUUCCUCGAGGCAAAUCAGGAAGACGACUCGGGACGGAAUGGAGGAAAUAUGGACGGAAAAGACGUAUUACACCACCGAACAGGUUUUCCCAACUGUACUACGGCGUUCGGAAGUGGUGAAUGUCGAAUUUGUUGAGAUCUCCCCAUUGGAGAAUGCAUUGCAAGAGGUGGAAGACAAGACGAAGGAGCUCAUUGGCUUGCACCUCAAAUAUCAGGCCCUCGCUAAGACGGCGCAAAAUGUGUCUACGAAUGCACUGGCGAUGAGCCUGAACAGCGCGGUCGACGCGCCUCUCAACACUGGUGUCGCGUCGUACCGGCAAAUCUUCUUCAGCCCGGACUACAUUGCGCGGAACCCGGAGCGCGCGGAGCUCGUGGAGAAGCUGCGGCAGGCAAUCGAUGAACAGGUGCGGAUAAUAGACAGCUGUCUGAAGCUACACGGGCUGCUGUGUCCGCCCGAGUUCAUUCCGUUCCACGAAACAUUGGAGAAGUUCUUCAAAAAGAACUUCCGCGAUGAGAUUCGGAGACUGGCUGUAGACGCGGACUCGAUCGCUUUGUCGACGCGAUCGCAAAACAUUGGGUUGGGUGCUGCGUCAUCAGGGAGUCAGUACCCCAUACCAUCCACGUCAUACGAGCAGUCCGUGAAGCGCAGUAUGUCAAGUUCUUCCACCGCGCGCUUCCAGAGCCAACCUAUAAACGUUGGGCGGUCGAUGUUAACUCCCACGUUUGAGUCGCCCAUGGGCCCUGGAGACGAUAGCAAUAACGCGCACUCCAACUCAUCCUCCGCAUCUAAACAGACGCCUCUGCAGCGCCACCUAGCGCAUUUGACGAGACACGGAAUCAACGGUGUUUCAUCUGCUCCAGGCGAUCUAGCUGGGGUGGACUCACUCUCCGCCGAGUCUCCACACAAUUCGUUUGUCAAUGUAGGCAGUGCGAAUGGGAUGGGAAAUGGUAAUGGGAUUCACAGCACUGCUGCGGGACAAGUGUCCGGUGCGUCCGUUGCGACGUCGUACAUGGGCAGCAUGGGCUCGUUUGGCUCACUCAAGAGCCGUUUUUCGCGAUUUGGCAGCUUGAACUUUGGAAGGCGGGGUGGAUCUAAUUCAUAG